AUGGCUCAAACCUCCCCGAAAACUGGGUUCAGUCGGCUUGUAAAACCCUCUGGUGUUAUCAAAUUGAAGGUUAAGAGGAAGAAAGCGACACAUAGUCCAUCUUUGCGGAUUUCAAAUGCCCUGAAACCUAUCAACGGCCAAGUUCAAGAUGGACGCGGCCAAAGGGCGCUGAAAAGAAAAAAUCCUUUUCGGUGUUCUCCUCGUAAAAAGGCAAAUCUUACUUCACAGGUAAAAGCCCAUGAGUGUAAGCUUUUUACAGCUCUUGAUGGCUUGGACGAAACUGUGGAAAAUGCUUCUAUAAAAUCGCUUCAAUCGACAAAAGAUGAGCAAAAAUUAUUCGAGAACAACAAGAAAGCUUUAGACGCUAAUUGUGAGCAAAGUGAAGAUGUUGAAACUACGAUGGAGGAAAUGGAGGGUACAAAGGCAUUUCCUUUAGACUGGAGUUUGAAAUACAAAAUAAGAUUUACAUCUACCAAUUCGUUUCAAUGGUGUGGUACUCUAAAAACUCUGGACGAAGGGCAAGGAUUGAGUAACUUCGUUCGUUGUAAAACAAAAGAACUAGAUCUUGAUGUCGAUUCAGAUCUUGAUGUGCGUAGCAAUUCCGCAAACUGUCAUCCAUCGUCUUUUUGUUCCCUCACAAAAUUAUGGAUGCACCCUUCUCUACCUUGGCUUGAAUUAUUCCCAAGAAAAUCUGUCGACGGGAGAGUAGGUUCAAAAAGGGAUGUUCAAAUCUCAAACGAAAUGGCUUCCGCACUUCAGAGCGACUGGAUAGCUAGUUUCAGAUCAAUUUUUAAUCUUACGCGAGUUGGGUUUUGCCCUUAUUUUUAUCUGGUAGCAAACCAAAACACUAUGCUCUUCCAAGCUGCAGUAUUCAACAGAGAGAAAUGUAUGCAAGUAAUUAUCACCCCAACCAGUAAAGGUUUUCGUGAUGCAUUGAAGAAUGAAGGUAAGUAUUUCUCAGUAGUAAACAUCUUAGGCCCUGUUCACAUUGUGAGGUGGGGACGUGCCUCACCGCUGUAACUAGCCUGUGCUCAACUCUUGUAAAGUCCCUCUGCGAACCUGCUAAAUCUUUUUUCUGGACCCUCAGUAGCCUGUGCACACAGGCAGGCUAGACCCCCCCGUGUACCAGGAUCUCAGUAUUUGCCCUGGUUGGCCUGUAAAAAAGUCAUUGUUUCUUUGGCCAGUCAGGUUCAAGGGAGAUUCAAAACACACUGGUAAUUUGUUGAGUCCAUUGGGAGCCAAGAACCAGCAUCUUGGCGCUGCUUCGCAGACAUUUUACAAGCUGGGGUUAGAUUAUGCCUGUCAACACAGGCUAAGCUAGUAAAAUGGGUCUCACAGGAUUAGUUGGAAAAACAAGUAGGCUGUCAUCUAGCCAGAUCUGAUUCGGAGAAAAUGAAUUCGCAGCCCUGAAAACCUGCAGUGGAAGACACAGGUGCCAAGAUAAUUGUAUUAAUGAGACUUGUGAGUGAAGUUAUGAAACUAUUUUCAGGAAACUGAUCUCACUCUUUUCAGAAGCAGUUUGCUUGGUUCCACAAAUCAGAUUCAGCAAGGGUUAUCUUUGAAGUGUCUAAAAUAUUAUCAUGACUGAGCUUUUAUUCUGCUAAAUUACAGGGAUUGACUUUAUGAUGCCACAUUUGGAUAGCAAAGGAAAGAAAGAGCCUGGGAGUGAAUCUCAAACUGAGGACUCAGAUGAGGAAGAGGAGGCAGAGGCUGGGGACAAUGAUUCUGAUGAUGAAUACAGUGACAAGCGGGAGUGGCUAGAAAGCAUGGGUCUUGACAAAGAACAGUUUCCUCAGCUUAACCCAAAAGCCAUUACCCCACAUCAAAUAAACAACCUCAGAACUAUUGAUCAACAGCCAACAUCCACAGUGCUGGUGAAAGGGCCUGACACACACGCUCUGUUUAACUUCCUGCUUAACUGCAAGAGCUUAGUCUCCAACACAGGGCCACUUGCACAUGUUCCACCAACACUUCUGGCUCCUGUUGCAUUUGAUGGUGCCACCUUGAAAAGUUUGAAAGUCAGCCAAGGAAUAUUAAAGCAUCAGCAAGCCAAAGGGAUGACACAGGUAAAGAAAAUACUGCCUGUACACUGUAUACCCUUUGUUAGUAAAGCCAAACCUCAUCUGGUAGGUGAAAUGAUUAAGUGUGACUAUUCACCCAGAUCACAGCUGUGGAUCUGAGCAUUUAUGGUACUUUCCUGUGAAACGAUUACCAAGCGAAAAACUUUAACUUGGAGGGUUGGCUUCUUACUAAUCAUCCAGAGGCCAUGCACAUGGCAGCUGGCAUGGGGAAAAUCCCUGGCCACCGGCCCUAAGCGACAGCCCUGCAACAAGUUUCAAGUGAAUCAUUUAUGUGAAAUAAUACAUUUACUGAACAAGGUAGCUCUUAUUUUGAGACCACAGAAAAAAAAGCCUGAAGUGUGUCCAUUCAAAUGGAAGGUACAUUUGAGCAGAAUCUGUGUCCCCCCUCUGGGAAAAUUUAUAGGUCAUCAAUGUUUCUAUUGGAAGAGUGAAGACUGUGCUCAGAUAGCAGUACCCAGUCAACCUUGUUCCCAGGAUCCUCUCCUACAACAAGGUUGGUGCCCAGUGACUCCUGGUGCCUCACUUUUGCUCCUGGGUAACUAGGAAAUCUUAGAUUUUUCAUAGAAUUCCUCAUGCUGGGUGCUCCCGAUUUAACAAGUUCAGAGUGCCCGACCCCCUUCAAAUGAAUGCUAUACAGGGCUGCCAGUGAGGACCGGCGGCUGAAGAUUUUCCCCAGCUACCAUGAGCAUGUCCCCUGGCUACUUUUGAAAGAAAAAAAAGAAAUAGAACCAACAGCAGUUCCUAGCUGUUCACUUUCCUACCUACUACUUGCAUGUACCCAACAACUUGAAAACUAAGUGACAGACCUGCUAUAAAAUGAUUUUUGCUUCUUUUCAGUUAUAUAGUCUGGAAAUUUCUGGACCAGUACUGCCAGGCUGCCUGUUUGAAAUGUGUCAACUACUAAAGACUUCGCAAAAAGGGACCUUCAAAGCGACUUUCUGUACACACCAACCAUCUGUGGCCUUUAAUGUCCCAAGCAGCCACACAAAAUCAGAGUCAGAGGGGUUUGUUUCUUGUGGAUCUGAUUUGGAAGAAGGUAACGGUAUCUCCAGUGGACAGUGGAAACACUACCAGGAAUCUGAACAGUUGUCAGGGAGCUGUUUGAAAGAGCUGACAUGCAGUGAAGGUCUUCAUACUUGGUUGACAUAG